AGUCUCUCUCUCUCACGCUCCCAAACGUCGGAUCGUCGCUAGCGUUGUCAUAGCUAGCUUUGCUCGCACCGCCCGCACCGCCACCACCCACCACCACUGCACCACCACUCCCACCAACACUACACUUUUCCGGCGCCCCGCCCUGCCAGUGACGGGCCUCGCAUCAGUCACAAUAGUGUGCUCAGCGGCGUCUUCCCUCCGGCGGAAUCAAAUCUAGUGGUCCCCCGUCUUCCUGCACCUCCACCCGACCUCGGUCUCAGCUUGUCAGGAGUUCUGCCCAGUGUUAUCAAGCAGCCACCAGCACACACUGCCAUCCGCCCCUCCUCCUCUUUCGACGCUACUCUUCCAUCUUCACACACAACACUCCAUCGCACAAUCCCUUUAUCUUGACAUUGCGACAGUAGCCUCGAACGCGUCACAUACCCAGUAAUCGCGUCGACGCACGACACUAGCCCACCUGCAACACCCCACCCCCCCCACCACCAGGCCAUCCACCCACCCACCGCUUGGCCUCACGCGUCCUUCCUCGGCGAUCUGCCGCAAGUUUAUCCACAACAUCAACUCCUCUCACAUCUCCUCUCACCACCACCCCAAUCCUCUCACCAUGACCAACGCCGUCCGGUCUCUCAAGAUUGACGUGACGUCGGAUGCCCUCUGCCCGUUUUGUCUGCUCGGAUUGAAGCAGCUCGAACUAGCAAUUGCGCGUUACCGCGAGAAGCACGCCGAGUCGCUUGACAUCAACAUCCGGAUCCACCCAUUCCAGCUCAACAAUAUGUUGGCAGACGAGCCAGAAAGCCGCGAAGAAUGGGGCGUCCGCAAGUUUGGCCCCGAGCGCUUUGCCGCCGUACGCCAGUGCUUGAACGACAAGUUCGCCACCGUCGGCCUGCCUGAGAUUGCCCGUGGAGGAGAAAUCUCGUCGUCGCACCGCUCUCACCGCGUCACCGAGUACGCUGCCCACGUCAGGCCAGAGGUUCAGUUGCCACUGAUCAUGGACCUGUACGAGGCGCAGCACCUCGAGGGCAUUGCCCCGUCGGACAAGAACCUGCUCGCGCGCCUCAGCACCAAGCACGGUCUCUUUGCCACCGAGGACGAGGCACACGAAUGGCUCGACUCGGACGCUUACGACAUCGAGGUCCGCAAGGCGUACCAGCAUGCCCAGAAGCAGGGCAUCACCGGCGUCCCGUUCUUUGUCUUCCAGGACAAGUAUGCCGCGUCCGGCGCCAUGGGUGUCGACCAAUUUGUCGACAUUAUCGGAGAAAUCUUCAAGCGCGAGAAGGCCAUGUCUCCGCAGCCGUUGACUGUCCACGAGGACCAGUGCAACAUUAACGACAUCGACUGUUCCGAGCGUUAAGACGCUUGCCUCCACGCCAGCGCUUGGUACGCUGCUCCGACCGACCCAACCGACCCGACUGCUCCUCCAGUCGUUACCCCUCCUCCGUUUCCCGCCACCACCAUCCUUGUCCAUCAUCAUCCCUUGGCGGCAAACCUAAUCCACGGCCUCAUCUGCCACCUGAUCCGUCUUUAUUGUCGCUGUACGCGGCGACCCUGUUGUGGCUACGGCCUUGUCAUAGUUUAUAUAGUAGUGUGAUGACAAUCAUGCGUUAGAGUCAG